UAUAUGUGUUUGUGUAAGAGAAGAGGAGAGAGUAUGAGAAAGAACUGGCAACGUGUGCCACAUUCAAAUCUGAUCGGAACAUUCUGAACCCGGUCGGCUUCUUAGCAAAACAGUCGAAAACGCGGAACGGCAGAGAAUCGUGGAGAAUCGCGCCAGCGAGCGACGUGUUGCUUCGAGCGUGUACGCCCGUCGCUAUGUGACAUCGCGCCAAGAGCCGUGUAGUGCAUCAACAGCGACCUCGGCGACAUCGGUAGUGCUUACGGUACAGCAAAUACGCACGCGAGUGUUGGAGACGAGGAUGUAUUGAGGCACGGAAUUGCUGAGAUACGUCCAGACCUGUUGAGACCCGUCCGCGUUUCUGUCGUUUUCUCCCUCCCUCUUUCUCUCUCUCUCUCUCUCUCUCUCCCAUUGUCUCCCGGCUACGUAAGAGAGCAACGGAACGAAAAGUGCGAACAGCGAUCUCUCGCGCGUGUUGAUUACGACGCGACGACGACGACGGCGACGGUGGUGGCGACGGCGGCGGCGGCGGCGACGACGACGGCGGCUACUUCUUCCGGUUCCUCCGUACAAAUUUUCGCGCGCGUUCGCGCCCGCACUCAUCUACUUGUACAAGUUCAAUUUCAUGUAAAUGUCACGAGUGCGCGGCGGCAUAGUGGCCGUGUCGCGAACAAGGUUCCACACGACGGCGUGGAAUUAUGUGCAUGGAUAUUCAGUUUAACGAGAAGAAGAUGGGUGACGACGACGACGACGUGCAGAUCAUCGAGGUUCGCAUCAACAAAGAUUUCGAGAGAGUCGUUAAGCAAGAACGUCCGGACGAUGCGGAAAUCCGUGAAUUGGCUGCCAAAAUGGUGGAAGCAAACAAGGCGAAAAUGCAGGCGAACACGCCGGCGGUGCAACAACAACAGAGGCAGCAGUGCCUCGUGCCGCAGCCUAAUCUUCCCGGUAUCCUCGGAUACCUGAACAAACGACCGGGCGACGGGCAGCCCGCUCCGAAGCCACCGUCGGACGGCUUGGAGAGUAAAGCUCCGACACCCGACGACGACAGCCAGAGAGGACGAUUCGGCUGGACGAGCUUCGACGAGUGUCACAUACCUUAUAUAUUUCGCUCCGGCGAAAAGUAUUGCGCCGUACGCAUUCUAGAGUCUAAGCUUCUCAACAAGUACCUGAGCUUUCUUCAUUCGGACAUCUACAGUUGCACGUGUAUAAGGAGUUACUACAUCACGGAGGCCGAGAGCAAGCUGUUCAACGAGAUCAACAGCAGGCACUGCGAGAAUCAGUUCGGCAGGGACCCGUUCACGUGCAAGGACCUGGUGGUGCGUCUCUCGGACGCCAAGGAGUUUUAUACGUUUCUCGAUGUGUGCUACACAAAGCUGACCGCCGGUACCAAUCCGAACGUAACGGGCGGACGCAAGGCGGACAAGUGCGGUUUCAUACGGAUAAACAAAGAGUCUGUGGUACCUUACACGGUCAAAGACAGUCUGCAGUACGUGCCGCUGUUUUACUUCGAGGGCGAGACAGAGAAUCUCAAGCUGAAGGCGGAGAAGCUCGAGGGUUGGGAUUUGUCGUACUUGAAGUUCUGCUGUAAGGUACAGGGUAUACGAAACGAACUGUUCGCAAGUGAAACGUGCUCGGUCAUCAGUUUGAGUGAUAUCAAGAGCUACUUUCCGCCAGGCACUGGCUUUGAGGACUAUUGGCCGACCAAGGUGAUGGACUCGCAGUUGUUGGUCAACAGCAACGGGGGUGGUACCGGCGGCGGGUGGACCAAGCAGCCGCCUACACCGCCUACGCCGGUGACCAAGUCUCCCUCCGUGCAGAGCGCGAGUAAGGUGGUACCACCGCCUUUGAGCGCGCGUACCGCCGUACCGAUGCCUAAUAUAAUGCCGCGGGGUGCUGCCGUUAGCGCGACGCCGCAGAUGCCGCGGAUAGGUCAGCCGAGGCCAGUCGCGACGACGCAUCCCGCGCAUUCUUCCCCGUCGGGACUGCCCACCGGUAGAUCCAACAUUGUGUCGCAGCCUAUGCUGAAUGCCGUUCCAGGUGUGGUUAACGGCUGGUCGGGUCUUGUCGGCGGUCAACCCACCUUUCAAACGUCACUCGGCCCUCAGGCUAGCAUUAUACGGGCGACCCUCAACAAUGCUAUGCACAACCAACCAAUGUCCGCCGCUUCUAAAAGCUAUAAUCAACAGCCUAGAAGUAGAGCGGGCAGUAGCGGGGCAGCACCUCAGUAUCCCGGAGUAUACCCGACGACGACCAUGCAAGGGGUUGCUCAGGCCCAACCACCGCCUCUUAUACGGGCGACCGUUCACUCCAAUAUCGCUUAUCCCACCUAUGGGAAGGAUGAUUGGACCACCACGUAUACGACACCUUCGUUAGGUGUACCUAACGCAGUCACAGCAACCGCAUAUCCACAGAUGCUUGGUUUAAGUGAACAACAAGUCCAAGCUUUAAUGCCAGGACCUGCGUCAGCGUCAAAUUUAUUACAUUCACAAAGGCAUACACCAUCUGUGCAUAACACAUCUCAUACGAAAUAUCCACCUCCUCUGAUACCAGUCAAUGGUAGCAGCGGUAGCAGUAGUAGCUCCAGGGAUUCCCGAGGCAGGAAACCACUGAUACCAAUACCGGACUCACAUAUAUCCACUUGUCAUGUACAACCAUACCAAAUACAAAAAGCACUAAUUGACGAAAAGAUGGUACCCUGUAUUAAUUUCAAACCUUAUAUUUAUACUGAAUUGCUAAUGUCACUUCCUGACUUCGUUUCCAAUUUUUUUCCUGCCUGUGACAUCGAAAGUUGUAGACAAGUCCUUACAGAUGUACUACAUAUAGACUUAUAUCAAGGAAAUAGACUGCAAAUGAAGAUGUUAAUGGAAGCAGGCAAAUGUUCUUCGCAUACAGAAGAUCUGCCUUUAAUCCAAGUUAGGAGUAUAAUGAAAUUCAUGCCACAAUUCAAGUAUAUGUUCAAUAGAGGAGAUAUGGUUAUGCCUUCCCCAGCUCAUUCGUCUGAAGAGCACCCUGCCAAAAAGCGUCAACGUACCAGCUAGGAUUGGCUACAGCCUUACUGGCCUACUUAUGAUUAUUAUCAUUCGGCAUUCUAAAGCCGUGAUUCGAUAUUCCCAUCGAUAUUCUCAUCAACGUGAUUUGGAACACCUUUAAGGGAGAAGGCGGAUCAUAAAAAAGAUAAUUCGCGUAUGAUGCGUGAUAAAAUAUACAUUAACUAAUACUUCAAGUGUAAAGUGACACAGUGGUGAGCUACUUCUUUCUCCAAAGUGUAUUGAAGAGUGUAAGAGUGAAACAUGACUGUGUAAAUAUAAAAUUGAACAGUGUACAUUUAAAAUAUGAUAAUUUAGGUCUGCUAUUUUAAUGGUUGAAGUUAGAUACAAAUAACUCGGCCAAAGUUUCCUGUUAACGCCCACAAUCACCUUCUUGUAUCUUCAUAAUGAGCUGGACAAAUGUAAAUAAAGCACUUGGUCUCGGAAAAGACAGCAUACGAUAAAAUUACAUCUUUUAUCAAGUCGUCAAAAUUUUUCGGUGUAGUCGUUAUCGAAUACGAAGCGUCGCACGCUUUAUGCGUGUCUGUCGGUUGUCAAGAUGCGAGCAGCAAAGAUAGUGAAUGUCAACACGAGAAUUGGGUCGAAAGUUGUAUCUGAUGUCGGCCAUUGAUUUAUUUUAUUUUUACUUUCGAGAUGUAUCUGUUAUAAGGAUCCCAAAAUGAUUGUCACAACAUGAAAUAGACCUAAGAUAAAGAACGCUCUUAUGUUCAAA